UUCAAUCAUUUGUAGCAGCUCACAGAAACACAUUUAAAUUUGACAGCUUCAUCCUCUCACCAGAGCAACAUCGAAGCCCACCUGACUAUGGCAUUUUGGGCGUGGACGGCUUUCCUGCUUGUCAACAUAAUAACAUCAGCGGUAAGAGGGAGAGUGGAGAAAGAGCUGUCUCCAGAGUGCAGAGAAUUCCUCUAUAUGGGAACAACUCCGACUGGGCUGGAGCACCACUCCCUCCAGUUCAUUUGUCAGCGUUACAACAAAAAGCCUCGCUAUGUGACUCUGUACAACACCGUGGACCAUAUACCCGUCUACUCUGCCUACACUUUCAAACGCUCAGAUGGGGAGAAAUGCGUGGAUGUCCCGUGGAUGUAUGAACCACAGCUCUCCACCACCUCUGAUACAGAUGAGAUGCAACCUUUCCCACGUGGUUACAUGCAUAUGAAUUUUGAAGAUGCCCAAGCUGUUCUGGAUGAUUAUACGAACGCUGUCCUUUACGAGCGGGGUACCCUCAACCCAGACGAGCAUCAGGACGAACCGGAUGACAAGGCUUCCACCUACACCCUCACUAAUGUUGUGCCCAUGGCGCCCGACUUCAACAAUAGAGUCUGGAACAAACAGGAGCACAUCGUUCGCAAACGGCUUAACAACUACUGUCAUGGAACAGCUUACAUCGUCACGGGUAUCACCACCUCGGGGAAGAUGAUCCGCCGGGAAAACAUGAACCGCAUUGCAGUGCCCACAUACUUGUGGUCCGCUUAUUGCUGUGUUGACUACGACCACAAUGCCCCUUACAAUGAGCGCUAUAAGUUCCCGUCUUUUGCUCAUUAUGGCCUCAAUGAGGACGCGAACAACGAGGUGGUGGAAAUCUCCGUCCAGAAGCUGAAGGAGUUCCUCAAGAAGACAACCUUUGUAGAUCAGAACUUUCAGAUCUUUGUAGGCGACUGUAUCCCACCAGCGUCCAUUACUUCCAAAUAGGCAAAUAUUUAGCUAUAAAGCAGCUGUUCUUCUU